CAGCUAGGCUCUCCAGCUGCAAGUCGGCUAGCAUACUCCUACAUUCCCCAGGAUUCGGCUUCAGCGACAGCCAGCGCCAGCGGCAGAAGAGCGGGACUCCGGCUCGCACAGCAUGGAGAAGCGGCACACAGACGACACCCAAGCCCGGCGGCUGCCCGACUCCCUCAAGGAUAGCCCCCGUACGGGCCUUGGCGUCUGCGGAUGGAUUUUGGUGGUCACCUCGUUCCUGUUCACACUUAUAACUUUCCCAAUAUCAAUAUGGAUGUGCAUAAAGAUUAUAAAGGAGUAUGAAAGAGCCAUCAUCUUUAGGCUGGGUCGCAUCUUACAAGGAGGAGCCAAAGGGCCUGGCUUGUUUUUUAUUCUGCCUUGCACUGACAGCUUCAUCAAAGUGGACAUGAGGACCAUUUCUUUUGACAUUCCUCCUCAGGAGGUCCUCACGAAGGAUUCAGUGACCAUCAGUGUGGAUGGUGUGGUCUAUUACCGCGUUCAGAAUGCGACCCUGGCUGUGGCAAACAUCACCAACGCCGACUCAGCGACCCGCCUUCUGGCACAAACUACUCUCAGGAAUGUUCUGGGCACCAAGAACCUUUCCCAGAUCCUUUCUGACAGGGAAGAAAUUGCUCACAACAUGCAGAACACGCUGGAUGAUGCCACCGACGACUGGGGAAUAAAGGUGGAACGUGUGGAAAUUAAGGACGUGAAGCUGCCCACACAGCUCCAGAGAGCGAUGGCUGCAGAGGCGGAAGCUUCCCGGGAGGCCCGAGCCAAGGUUAUUGCGGCGGAGGGAGAAAUGAAUGCAUCCAGAGCUCUGAAAGAAGCUUCUAUGGUUAUCACCGAGUCUCCUGCAGCCCUUCAGCUUCGGUACCUUCAGACGCUGACCACCAUUGCAGCUGAGAAAAACUCCACGAUUGUCUUCCCUCUGCCUAUAGAUAUGUUGCAAGGCAUCAUGGGGGCAAAACACUGAGCCGUGGAGGCCAGCGUGGAGAUGAGCUAUCCACAUCUGAAGAAGUAGGGGACCAAGUUAGCUUUCAGCUCACAAGGAGAGAAAGAGUAGAGCAGGGUACCUUGAAUAGCCUCCCUCCCCUUUUCUUAUAUGCUGAGGUUUUUAGACUGUGUAGUGAUCCUAGAAACAGUGAAAGCAAUCUUUAGCUUGUAAAUAGUGAGAGGAAGAGAGAGGUUGGUGAUAUAUGUAUAAGAGAAUUUCCCACUCUUUAAAAUAUUUAAGGGUUUGUAUUUCAGAGCAUCCUGGAAUAGGUUAAAUCCCUCCUCUUUUGACUUCUGUUGAGUCAUUCUGAACCUGUCUCCAGCAGCCGGAACAAGACAAGAACACAGGUUAACACUCCCACCUGCCACCUUACACUAAGGCCAGCUCCUCUGGGCCAUCCGUGCCUUACCUCCAGGGAGUCUUAAUGAAGGACCUUCCCCUGGUGUCUGCCUACUUUAUAAACUCAGACCUCACCAAGCAGGAGGUGUCUUCUUGUUGUACCUGUUAGUCAAAAACAAAUGAUCAGGAUCUAUGGAGAAGAUAUCGUAACCCUUUGAUGACUUUUAAAUUCACCAUUGUGAUGGUCAUUGUGAAAAUAAUUUAAUUGAUGCUUUUUUUUUUUUUUUUUGGUAACUCCUUUGAGCCUCCUGAAGGAGGAAAAAGCUCCUCUGUGGUCUGUCUUUCAAACCAGCUAACUACUUACCACAAAAGUGCUUCUUCUAACUUUUGCCUAUUUUCAUAUAUUUCACAUAUCAAGUUUUCACUUUUUAAUAAAAAUUUAAUAAAAAUUUCUCUAAGUACUAUAAACAAUUAUAUACUUAUUUGAAUAGCUGAAGGAUUGAAAGACUUUUUAAAAAUACCUUCCAAAAACCCAUUGCAUGUUAUGGUCUACAUGCUGUUAACUAUUGUCCUCUGAGAAAUAAUCCCAUUCAUGAAGAGCUGUAACAUCAAAGGACCACGGGGCAGCACUGUUGCACUUAGGGUACCUGGGCGAGCUGUAGAGCACUCAGUUUGCUUCAUUGUCCUCUUCCUCCUGUGUAUGCUGAGGCUGUGGAAAGAAGGUUCCUUGCACCCUAGCUUCUUAGCCUGUAAUAGUAGGAAGCAUUUUGUUUUUCAAAUGUCUAUGAACUGGAGCGACCUGAUACUCUACUGGCGAGGAAAGCUAGUUGUUGACAUUUAUAAUAUCUUCUUUGAGCCUCUCAGUUUACCUGGAGAAGUCUAAAAAUAACAACUUCUUUUCCGGGCACCUGUCUUCAUCUCAGCCCUUAGCCGAGGCACUGUCAACCCCAGUGCGUAAUGUCCUUUCCACUGUUUCCUAUUUCCAAGCUUAUUUUAGAAAACUUUGAACCACAUUCUAUCCAGGCUACUCAGUUUGUUUAGAGGUGUAUGGACGGUUUCAGCUCAGGACUCAAGUUGCAUUUGCAUUUUGAAUGUUAAAAUGAUGGAUUUUGUCUGUUGACCCAGGACCCCAGGGGACCAGAAAAUUGCAUGAAAAUCUCUUCUCUGAUGUUGAAUGUCAGUGAUUUUGGUUCCAUAAGUUUCCUCUCAUCCUUUUGCUGCCUUGUGAAUUCACAGGUACAGUUAAAUCACUUGGGAGAAGAAAAGCCUAGGAGGAGCCCUGGGGUGAGAGUACAAGAGUGUUUCCCGCAGCUUCCCCUUCUGACCAUGUACAUAAUAAAAUGUGUGCUGUAA